AUGGCAAAGAAAAAGAGCCUCAAGAUAGAGUUCAAAUCCCAUCCUCAUCCCAGGAACCUCCACCAACAGGACGGCGCAGAAAGCCCCCGUUGCUGUUCUCUGGAUAUGCUAUUACAGAGACUGAGGGCCAUAGAUGCCCAGGAUGAUAAAUUAGCCAACAUCAUGGAUGUGGUGGGGGAGUUUGGCACAUUCCAGCGGAGGCUGGUGGCCCUCAGCUUCAUUCCCAACUUAUUGUCCUCCUUCUUCAUGUUUGCUGACAUCUUCAUGUUCGCACCCCAAAAGCCCUAUUGCAACACCAGCUGGAUACUGGCAGUGGACAGAAACCUGUCAGAGGCUGAGCAGAUGAAUCUGACCCUGCCCCGUGCACCCAAUGGCAGUUUCCUGACUUGCCUCAUGUAUGUGCCUGUGGACUGGGAUCUGGAUUCUGUCAUCCAAUUUGACCUCAAUCACACAGACUCAUGUCAAAAUGGGUGGAUCUAUCCUGAGAGCAAGAGGCGGUCACUGAUAAAUGAGUUUGACUUGGUGUGUGGCAACGAAACAAGCAACGAAAUCGUGUAUACCGUGUUCUUGGCUGGGCUCUUGACGGGGGCUGUCAUCUUCGGCUUCAUAACUGACAAGUUGGGCCGCUACCCCACCAUCCUGCUGUCGCUGCUGGAGCUGGCCAUCUUCGGCUUCGGGACAGCCUUUGUCAGCAGCUUUAACCAGUAUAUAUUCUUCCGCUUUUGUGUGUCCCAGGCCGUGAUGGGCUACACCAUUGGCAGCUCAGCUUUACUCACUGAGUGGCUAAUGGGCAUGCACCGGGCCUACGCCUUCAUCCUGGGACACUGCUUUUUUUCCAUGGGAGUCGUUUUCCUGACAGGACUUGCCUACAGCCUUCCCCACUGGCGGCUAAUGUUUCUGGUGGGCGGAACACCUGUAUUCCCCCUCAUCUGCUAUAUCUGGAUUCUCCCAGAGUCCCCACGGUGGCUGAUAAUGAAAGGGAAGCUGGAGGAGGCCAAGAAAAUGCUGUGCUAUGCAGCUGCUGUGAACAAAAAGACCAUUCCUUUAAGUCUGCUGGAUAAGUUGCAACUGCCUGGAAAGAAGGUGGCUUCGGCCUCUAUCCUGGACUUCUAUAGCAACAGGUACCUCCGCAAGUUGACCUUGGUGAUAUGCAGCAUAUGGUUUGCUAUCGGUUGCAACUAUUACACGCUGGGCUUCAAGAUAAGGGAAUUGGGCAUGGACAUCUACCUCUCACAAGUGAUUCCUGGCAUGAUGGAGGUGCCCGCUCGGCUCUGCUGCAUCUUUCUCCUCGAGCAGUUUAAGAGGAGAGGAACCCUGAUUAUGACUUUGUUCCAAGGAGCCACCAUGUGCUUCCUUAGCCUUAUGCUCCCAUCAGGGGAGGGUGGCCACAGACUCAGGUGGCUGCAUUGUCUGGCCACAGAGUUGAAAUCCCUCGUGAUCUUGAUAACCCUGCUUGGAGAGUUCAACCUGGCUGCCUCCAUCACCAUGUUCUACAUCUACACUUCUGAACUCCUCCCCACCAUCAUCAGGGCGACAGGUCUGGGUCUAGUGUCUCUGAUCUGGGCGGCUGGAGGCAUCUUUUCUGUGACACUCAUCCACCAGAACAUUGCCAUCCUACCCAUCAUUCUCUGCUCCCUCUUGGCUUCCGUGGCUUUGUUCUACGGCUCCAGUUUGCCAGAAAUGCAAGAUCAGCCCCUGCCUGAUACCCUGGAGCACAUUACCCCACAGUCAAGGAGCCUAAGCGAGGAACUCUCAAAUGAGGACAUGUUAAGUGACGACAUGACGGAGGAAGUGGCCAAGAACACCAUUCUCAACUCCAGGUUGACGAGCAUGGACCAAGAUAGUCUCUCCAGCCCAUCUUUGCAAUCUAAAGAUGAAAAAAUAGACAAAGAGGAGGACUGAGGACCAGGCCUUCGG